AAAAAUAUCUGGAAAUGUUUAGGAAUUCUCGGUGAGAUGUCUAAACCGUUGUCUUGGGGAAUGCCAAGUGAUAAAGUUUGCGAAAAAUUGAAGAAAAAAGACAAACAGAUUUGUGAGCUGACCUACGAGAAGCAGAUUGACUUCAGCACUGUAGAUUUAAAGAAACUGAAGGUGAAAGACCUGAAGAAGAUCCUGAACGACUGGGACGAGAACUGCGACGGUUGUCUCGAGAAAGCAGAUUUUAUCAAGAAAAUCGAGGAAGUGAAACCUAAAUAUGUCCGGACCGAGUUGUAGAAUCUGAUCAAGAUGAGUCAGGAUUGAUCAAGUUGCUCUUAUUUAACUACAAUCUCAGAAUCUAGUGAAAAAAUAAACAAUACCAUAGAAGAAAAUUUUACGACGUUUUUUCUUCAUUUCUGCAUAUAAACUAUUCCAUCUAACGUCGCCUCUAUUCAUAUCCUGCAGGCAUAACACCCCUUUGCAGUCUGCAUCCCUCAUCACUCUAUUUCAACCAAAUAAAAUAUAAAUCAUAGACUGAAACUAUUCAGUGAGCAAUCAAGCCCAGUACGCACAACUUGUUUGCUGUGUAAGAUCAAGAUGCGUCAAUGAGAAUAAAAUUACUACAGAACUAUCCCUAAAAGCUGUGAUGUUUUUAAUUUAAGAAUUAAACUAAAAUACUUUCUUAGGUUGGACCGAUAUUUUGUAUAGAAAUCUUCAUCAUUCAUUUUGGUUGAUUUUUCAGUCAUCAUUCUUAUUUAUGUAAUUGUUUGUUUUCUUUAGGAUAAAAAUAAAUAUUGUUUUUAA